UCAUCCUCCUACAAAAAAACAACAAAAAAAACAAAAAAAAACAAAAAAAAUCUUAUUAAUCUUCUCCAAAAUUCUAUUCCUUUUUCCUCCUUCCAUUUUCUCGGUGUGUUUUAUUGUUGUUGGGGGGUAUCUUUGUAAUCUACCAUGAGCAGUCACAGAUCCUUCAAGUUCCGCAUCCUUUGAAAUGCAUCAUCUCAUCCUUCGAUGAACUGCUGAUUAUCCCAAAUUGCCCGUCGAUUUUACACAUAUUACUUUUCUACCAAAUUAACUUUUUUUUUUUUUUUUUUUUUUGAAAUUUCAAAUUACCAAUUCACUGAGGGAGAGUAAUUAGGGUCGUUGUCUGAGAGUAGUGUAAGUUGCGUAGUGGGAAAAUAGAAGAAGAAAAAUAGAGAGAGAGAGAGAGAGAGAGAGUGAAUAGAUGGUUGCUAAAAACUACGAGGAGUGCAGAACACGCGCGGUGAUGGUGGGAAUAUUGAGUUGGAUUAUGCUUCGGAUUGAUUACUCGAGGCUCUUCUGGGUUCUCUUCCGCGUCUUCUCUUAUGAAAACCACGAGGGAAAGCCUCGGAUUUAACUUCCACGUUUUUCACACCUUUUCAUUAACAAAUAUCAUUUUAUUAUUCCACAACUUUCUUUCUUUCUAAUUCGAUCUUUUACAUAAACUUUUCAUCAAAACAACCAAAAAAAAUAAAAAUCAAAAUUUAAAAAUCAAAAAACAUGUACAAGAAGAAGCAGUCCGUGGAUCAUCAUGAAGUCCAAGAUAACCGCCCUGAUUACGUCGAAACCGAUCCUACGGCUCGCUAUGGUCGGUUCGAAGAAAUUCUUGGCAAAGGAGCAAUGAAAACAGUGUACAAGGCAAUUGAUGAGGUUCUUGGAAUGGAGGUUGCAUGGAACCAGGUAAAACUCAGAGAAGUGCUCCGCUCACCUGAGGAUUUGCAGCGGCUCUACUCAGAGGUUCACCUCCUGAGCACCCUCAAUCAUGACUCCAUCAUUCAUUUCUACACCUCCUGGAUUGAUAUUGAUAAAAAAACUUUCAACUUCGUUACCGAAAUGUUCACUUCCGGAACAUUAAGAGAAUACAGGAAGAAAUAUAAAUGGGUGGACAUCCGAGCCAUUAAGAACUGGGCACGCCAAAUUUUACAGGGUCUUGUUUAUCUACAUAACCAUGAUCCUCCAGUAAUACAUAGAGAUCUUAAGUGUGACAACAUCUUUGUCAAUGGCCAUCUCGGGCAAGUCAAGAUUGGUGAUCUUGGAUUGGCAGCAAUUCUUCGUGGUUCCCAAUCUGCUCAUAGUGUUAUAGGUACUCCGGAGUUCAUGGCACCCGAACUGUACGAGGAAGAUUACAAUGAACUAGUUGAUGUCUACUCAUUUGGCAUGUGUGUUCUAGAGAUGCUUACAUCUGAAUAUCCAUAUAGUGAAUGUUUGAACCCUGCACAAAUUUACAAGAAAGUGACCUCGGGAAAGCUACCAGAAGCAUUUUACCGGAUUGAAGACUUGGAAGCACAACGAUUUAUUGGAAAAUGCUUAGUAACUGCUUCAAAGAGAUUAUCAGCAAAGGAACUCUUGCUUGACCCAUUUCUGGCAUAUGAUAAAAAUGAGUUUCCUGUAGGACAGAUUGAAAUUCAGAAGCCAUUUUUAAAUGACAAAGAAAUGAGGAAACUGCAAUUGAGAGAUAAAUUACCCCGGACUGACAUGACAAUCACGGGGAAACUCAAUCAUGAAGACGACAGCCUCUUUCUCAAAGUUCAGAUUGCUGAUAAAGAUGGUUCUCUUAGGAACAUAUAUUUCCCUUUUGAUAUUUUGAGUGACACACCAAUUGAUGUUGCAACGGAGAUGGUGAAGGAAUUGGAAAUCAAUGAUUGGGAGCCAUGUGAAAUUGCAGAUAUGAUUGAAGGGGAGAUUUCUGCUCUAGUACCAGAAUGGAAGACUAAACCGUACCAUACAUUUAAUUAUCAAGACGAUGAGGAUGACCCUCAUCAUCCUUUCAACACUUUCUCCUCAUGCUCCUCAUCCCAGGCAUCAGGGACAGGCUUGAUCACCUCUCAUAAGAUAGACAAAAUGGAAAAUGACUGGAAUUGGCUUCAAGAUGAUUUGCUUGAUGAUACCAGCUCUCAAAGCUCUUCACACUCAGGAACAUAUUCCAACUUGAAUUACUUUUCUGGCGACGAGCAUGAAUUCAGUACAAGCCCUGUGACAGACAAGCAUCUCAUCACAAAGAGUCACAAGUCCACAAGGUUUUGUCCUCAAGAAAACCGUAAUGCACAGGCACAGCUCAUGGCUAAAAAGUACAUGGACCAAUGCAAAGCUUUUCUAUCAUCUAGUUCAAAAGACAAAAGGGUUAUUAAUGGCAAUAAACUGAUGAGGAACAGGUCUAUGGUUGAUGUACGUAGUCAAUUACUGCACCGGUCAUUGGUGGAGGAGGUGAACAAAAUACGGCUGUUCAAUACAGUUGGUGCUGUUGAAAAUAUUGGGUUCCAAGCACCUUGUGAGGUUUCAAUGCAAUGUAAUUAUAAGAAAACUUCAAGAAAUGGAAAGGGUCAAGGGCAUCAAAGCAGAAGAGUUUAGUGUAUGGUAAUUGUCAUGAAUAGUCAGGUCAAUGAAAGGAAUUUCAAACGUGAUCUAAUAUGGAGAUACAAGGAAAAAGCCUGAAAUGCAAAUGCCAGCUGGAUUACCCCUGACUUUGUUUGGGCAGUCUUUGAUACUAAAAGUGGCAGGAGGGAAUCAUGUCUUCGGAUACAAGAGUCUGGUAAUUCAGGUGUUGAGUAUCGUUUUAGGAAAAUUUGAUUGUAAAUGUAUCUGCACAAAGUCACCAUGAAAGAGUAAAUGAGUUGUACUAUUUAGGCUUUUAAUAUGUAAGGUUGUGAUGCCCCUUGUAAUGUGCCAGCUAUUAAAUAAACAUUUGCAUUGUCAUC